GGAGGGCGGCGGUGCUGCUGCUGCUGCUGGGGCCGCCGGUCCGAGUCCCCAGUGCCGGACAGCGAGUCGAGGAGGAUGCGUUCUCUGCAGCCGGAGAGGAGGAGAGCGUGUUUCUGUUAGAGCCACGUCCCUUCGGAACAGCUCGGAUAUUAUCUCCUGUGAUGCUCCGGGGGGAAACUUCCACCGGACGAUGCCCCCGCAGCUGUUGGCAGCUUCUCCGCGGUUUAAAUGCAGGAGAAACUGUUAUUCGUUGUUUCUGGACCGGAUAUCGUGUGGGCCGGGGCCGAGAUGCGUAAUGUGCAGCGCGAGCUCCAUCUUCUCUGCGAAUAGGCAGCGUCCAAGAGCCGAAGAUGUCUAAGUCGGAGGUGAAGAAGGAGUCCGGAGAGUCCAGUCCGUCGGAGGCCGCCUGCCUCUGCUCUCCUCCGGCGGACAAGAACCAGUGCGCCAGCUGCGGCAUGGAGAUCCACGACCGGUACCUGCUGAAGGUCAACAACCUGAACUGGCACUCGGGCUGUUUGGAGUGCUCGGUGUGCAGAGCGUCCCUGCGCCAACACAACAGCUGCUACGUGAAAAACAAAGAAAUCUACUGCAAACUGGAUUAUUUCAGUAGGUUUGGCACCAAGUGCGCUCAGUGUGGCCGGCAGGUGUACGCCAGUGACUGGGUGCGGCGGGCUCGGGGCAGCGUGUACCACCUGGCCUGCUUCGCCUGCUUCUCCUGCAAGAGGCAGCUGUCCACCGGGGAGGAGUUCGGCCUGGUGGAGGGCAGGGUGCUCUGCCGCAGCCACUACGACAUCAUGCUGGACAACCUCCGCCGGGCUGCCGAGAACGGAACAGGACUGACUCUGGAAGGAGCUCUGCCCUCUGAUCAGGACUGCCAACCCAAACCAGCCAAGAGGGCGCGCACUUCGUUCACCGCCGAGCAACUGCAGGUGAUGCAGACUCAGUUCGCUCAGGACAACAACCCUGACGCUCAAACGUUACAGAAACUGGCAGAAAUGACGGGACUGAGCAGACGAGUCAUACAGGUUUGGUUUCAGAACUGCCGUGCGCGACACAAAAAGCAGCCGCCCCAGAACAGUUUCUCUCAGAGCGCUCCGCUGUCCAGGAUGCCUCCGUCGCUGCCUGAAGACAUCCACUACUCCCCGUUCGGCAGCCCGGACCGACCACAUCUCCUCGCCCUGCACGGAUAUCUGGACACUCAUCCCUUCUCCGUCCUCGCUGCUCCGGGCCACUUGACCCAUCCAUCCAUCGCCUUACCACAGCUUCCCAUAAGCCGCUGACAUCCCGCGUCCACUUUUUCAAACACUCUGACGACGUAGUGAUUUAAAAAAAAAAAAAAAUGUAUAUUACAAAAAAAUAUUACAAAAUCCUUGGGGAUGUACUGCGCAUAAUCUGCACUGUCUUGGGAGAAGCAGGACCUCGGCAAUCUGUCUUCAGUCGGUGGGAUACUUCGUCGUGAGACUGCACAGCUAAAAACUCUUCUUGGUCUUUUAAAGAUAGCAGAUUGUGGCUGUGGGAGAAAUAUCCCGCCUACAUUCCAACACGAGACCUUUUUAUUUUCUCUUUUCAGGAUGCAGAAGAGGACACCACUUAUUUUAUUUUUCCUUUUUUUUUUUGGUGGCUGGACACAAAACACCGCAUCAGGUCAGGAUUCCUUCCCUUUUUGUUUAUCCAAUCAUACAAGGUAUUCUAAUUACGUUGCAGCAACACGAGCUUCUUCUUUUUUUGGAAAAGGGAGUGUUGUAGAAGUAUUACAGUAAAACCUCAGUAUUUCUUUUCUUCAGAGUUGAUCGAAUGGGCACAUUUGCAGCAUUACUGUCAUUGUUGUGUCGUUGUCAGAAUAAUGGAAAUUUAUUUAUUGCAGAACAAAAAACUUUUUGUAAGCACUUUUAAAUGUGUCUUGGAAUUGAACAAUUCAGUGAUUGUACCUUGUAAAUACUGCGGCGGUUUAAUAAAAUGUAUCAGAUCUGUUAUGGAAA